CACAUGCACGCGCGCGGGUGAUGGGAGACUUAAGAGGUUAAGAGGAGAUAUCGCCUGUUGCUCUCACUGUCAGGAUGUUACACAGGGACCCUCCUGCUGCUUAUCACUAAAGCUGACAUGCGACUGAUAAACUCAGGCAUUUCAGGAGGAAAAACGCAAAGCAAAGCAAAUGGACACACACACACACACACACACAAACACUUGGGCUUGCGCAAUAAAGUGUUACACGGGUCCUCAGCGCUGAAGCUUUAAGUCUUUGGAUAAAACAGGCUGAUUUCGCGCGUGGACUUGUUGGAUGCUGAAAGCAUGGCGAGCGAUCUGAAACCGCGGCUGUGCUGCAUGACCAAGGCUGAGCACGGCUACGGCUUUCACCUGCACGGGGAGAAGGGAAAAACCGGCCAGUACAUCCGCAAGGUCGAGGCUGCUUCUCCCGCCGAGGAGUCGGGACUGCGCGCGGGGGACCGAGUGGUGGAGGUGAACGGGGAGAACGUGGAGAGGGAAACACACCAACAAGUGGUACAGAGAAUCAAAGCGAUAGAGCAUGAAACAAGGCUGCUGGUGGUGGACCGCGAGACGGACGAGUACCUGCGCAGUCUCCGCCUCACUUGCACCGAGGACAUGGCUGUCCGUGUCAGUCCAUCGGGCUCUUCCUCCUCCCCUCCUCCGACCCCCAGCAAACAGGAAAACAACUCUGUUUCCAAGCCGCCAACCAGUCGGGAGAUCCCCAAACCCAGCAGGAGGUCCCCGUCACGGGCUGCCAAAAAGGAGGCUUCAGUGGUGCCGUCUGCUCCGGCAGAUAUGUCCGAGCUCGUCCCCAGGCUGUGUAACCUGGUCCGGGUAGAAACAGGAUACGGCUUCAACCUGCACAGUGAGAAAUCCAGACCGGGUCAGUACAUCCGCUCUCUGGAUCCGGGCUCUCCAGCUGACCGUGCAGGUCUUCGACCACAAGACAGACUCAUCGAGGUAAACGGGGUGAAUAUUGAGGGCAUGCGUCAUGCCGAGGUGGUUGCUUUCAUCAAGCGCGGAGGGGACGAGACACGUUUACUGGUGGUGGAUCCAGACACAGACGAGCAUUUCAAGAAGCUGGGCAUCACCCCGAGCAGCAGCCAUGUUAAAGGUUUUGAGGGUCAGUCCAUUACUAACGGCUCAUCAAAUCCUCGAGUCAAUGGCCACUCCACACAGUCAGCACACUCUGACCACAGCAGCCAAGACACCAGCACACAGAACUCAGAGGAUGGUGACAGCCACUCACUGGACCCUUUCGCAGAGAUCGGGCUGAGACUGAGCCCCACAGCGGCGGAGGCCAAAGAGAAAGCACAUGCCAAGCGUGGCAGGAAGAGGGCACCACAGAUGGACUGGAAUAAGAAAUACGAGAUUUUUAGCAAUUUCUGAACAUGUGGAGUUUCACACACUCCCCAGUCCAGACUUCCCCCAACAUGCACCCCUCAACCCAUGUGUCUCGACUGACUGCUUCAUAUGGUGACGGCUGUUAUUUUUGUAGAAAAUGAAAACCCGGAAAAAUAUUUUUAAAGGAUGAUUGGAGCGGAUGGAGAGGAAAAGAUUCAGUCUAUUUUUUCACUCAUUUUAACUACAAAAGGAUUAAAAUAAAAAAAUAAAAAAAAACCUACAACUAUAAUGAAAAGGGCCAAGAAGAAUAAGAAGAGAAGAGAUACAAGAACAUUCCCUAGGGAAAUUUUAUAAAUGUUGAAUUAUUUUGUAUUGCUUUCACGUAAGUUUACUGCUCCUGCUACGACCAAUCGCGACUGAAGUUUUACACAAUCUGUAGAUGUUUGAUUGUAAUACAAUAGUUUUACAUCUUGGUACCUCAGCAGUUCUGCUCUUGUUGGCGGAAACCUUAAGAAAAAAUGACUUUGAGCACAACCCUUUAAGAAGGACGUUUGAGGCGCUGUAUGUUAACUAGAAAUCAGUAUUAGUUAAAGGAAUCAGCCUUAGUAAGGUUUUACAGGCGGCAUGGUGACUUAGUGGUUACCACUGUUGCUUCGCACCUUUAGGGUCCGGGUUCAAAUCCUGUUUCGGGCCUGUGUGCAUGGAGAGCAUGCUCUCGCCCUGUAAUUGGUGGUUUUCCUCCAGGUGCUCCGGUUUCCUCCCAAACACAUGCAGGUUAGGCUAAAAAUGUCUGUAGUGUGUGUGUGUGUGUGCCCUGUGAUGGAUUGGCAUCCCGCCUUGUGUAACCCGCCUCGUGCCCUAAGUCUCCUGGGAUAGGUAUCACCCUGCAUACAGGAUAAAUCGGUAUAGACGAUGAGUGACUUAUUAAGACAUUAUAAAGGGAAAUUCCUCUGUUAGUAAGAGUGAAGGUACACGCGUAAACAAGUGUGUAUCUGAUGACUAAUAAACAACAACACUAGAGGGCACUGUUGUCCACUAGACUCCUCCAUGAAAGUGACUUAAGGACAUCUGACUUAGAACUUUUAAAUGUUAACCACUAGAGGGAGCCAUUUCUAAGUCACAUAUUUAGAGUUUUAGUUUGUAAAAUGAACAAACACGUCGUACGACCACGUCGAUGUUUAACAGCUCAACAAUAUGCGGCUUUUUUUGAACAUUAGAUUCUUGGAGAUGAAACUAAAACACUAUGUAAACCAAAGUCCAACAGGAAGAAGCGAAGGACACAAUUGUGACCUACUGAUUUGACUGAAGGUCGAGAGAGUCAUGAGAUUGUGGCUGCAGUGUGUAUUAUCUGAUUCACAAAUCAAAGGACAAAGGAUAGAUGAAAGGAAGGAACUCAAACGUGAGUGACGAGAAGCUCCUGCGGAAUCGAUACGCUAAUGACAAUUAGAGACAUUCGAAUUGGCUUCUGUUGCUUUUAAGGCAGUAGACGAUGUAGACAUGGACAGAUGACCACUCACAGUUUUUAACAUCCUAACCGCUUGAACUCGGUACAUUCCAAAACGCGACCCAGGCUUGGAUCGUUAUAGAAGCUCAGUCCUGAUGUGCUGUGGCAUUUCUCACUCUGCGUAUAUAACAUCAUUAUUUUGCCUUAUACCCAAAAUUACAUUGAGGUAUACCAUUUACUUUUUACUGUUUUUUUUUUUUUUUACUUUACUAAUGCUUUCUUUUCAUGUUUGUUAGCAUUAUUGUGUUUGCUGUAGUAUAUUGUUCUGUUCCUGACAGUGUAUGCAUUCAGACCUCUGCUGUAUGCUCAUGUAUAUUCACUAUGGGAAUAUAUGCCAGGUUGCUUUUUUUUUUUUCAAUAAAAGUGUGAUAUUCGCACAUGC